AGACAAGGGAAGAGAAGGGCAAUAACUCAUUAGCAGAAGCUCUGUAUGUGUGCAUUCUGCUAUUUGCUACCUAUUUAUAAGGGAGUUUCUUCAGAGUACAGGGAAACCUGUGAACUGUUGGAAUAUUUUAAGUCUUUCCUUGAGAUGUCAGCCAAGAGCUUCAGUAUAGUCACAGUUGCUACUGUGCAUAUUUUCUUCCUAAAGAUACAACUCUCAAUGCAAGCGCCGUUGAAUGGGUCAAAAUGGUCUUAUAUAGGUCCUGAUGGGGAAAAGGCCUGGCCAAAGAAAUACCCAUUUUGUGGAGGAGUAUUCCAAUCACCAAUAGAUUUCCACAAGGAUAUUCUCCAGUAUGAUUCUAAUCUCUUGCCUUUAGAAUUCAUAGGCUAUGAUGUGCCAUCCACUGAGCAGUUUACACUGACCAAUAAUGGUCAUUCAGUGAAAAUGUAUCUGUCACCUACUAUGUACAUCAGAAACCUCCCGUUUGAAUACACUGCAUCUCAGCUUCACCUACACUGGGGAAACAAAAACAAGUCAGAAGGCUCAGAGCACACAGUCAGUGGGAGGCACUUUGCUGCAGAGCUGCAUAUUGUACACUAUAACUCUGAGAAAUAUCCAGAUAUAACAGCAGCAAUGGACAAAGCAGAUGGACUGGCAGUUCUGGCUGUUCUUCUUGAGAUUGGACCCUUCAAUCCAUCCUAUGACAAGAUCUUCAGGCACUUCCGGAAUGUGAAAUACAAGGAUCAGGUGGUCCAAGUCCCGGGUUUCAACAUUGGAGAACUGCUGCCCAGCAGACUGGAUGAGUACUAUCGCUACGAAGGAUCCCUGACCACUCCUCCUUGCUACCCUAGUGUUCUCUGGACAGUCUUCCGACACCCCGUUAAAAUUUCACAAGAACAGUUACUGGCACUGGAAACAGCCAUGUAUUGCACAGAAAGUGAUGACCCAGAACCCCUGGAAAUGGUCGAUAACUUUCGAAACAUUCAAGAGUUUCAUGAAAGACUAGUUUUUAUCUCCUUCCGUGAAGGUUUUGUUGUUUCUGUUGUCGUAGCCUGCAUUCUGGGAGUUCUCAUCAUUCUUGCUCUAGCCUUCUGCCUACUGAAGAGGAAAAGCUGCAAAAAGGGAGGCAAAGACAAGAGAGGAGUCAUCUACAAACCAGGCACAUACAAGGAGGAGGAGGAAGACAUCUCCAAACUUUGA